GACACUCGGCUGCUUUUAGGAGCAGCGAGGCAGCUAGACUUGGGUGUGAGCCUCGGGAUUAGCACCACCGCAGCAGCGGACCAGCAGCCCGCCCAGCCUCGACUCUGCCUCACAAGCUGCAGUUGUAGUGGCACGUGCUGCUCGUUGGCUUGCCUGCAGCUAGCCACGUGGCUGGAUCUGCCGUCGCCACCUGUGCCGCGCCUUGCCGUGGUCCCCUCCGGCUCGUCGGAUUCCGAUCCGUAGCCUCGGUUCAUCCGUGCGUGGAAUCAUCAACCGAUCGCCGUGUAGCACCAAGCCGUCUCCUGGGUGUCAGAGUCCGCUUAUCGAGCCAGCUCAUAUCGGAUCAUACUAUCCACCAGCCAUGGCGUCCCGUCGUCACCUGCAGCACGCGGUGCCCGUGCCCACCAUCCGCCGCCUGCUCGCCGCGUCCAGCGCACCGGUUGUCCCGCAGGCCGCGCCGGCAGCGGCGGCUGCGGCGCUGCAUGUUCAGUCGGCGGGCGGACAUCCGCAAGCGGUGAAAUCGCUCGCUAAGGAGAUCCGAUCCGCCACCUACAGCACGAGCAGCAUCAGAUCGUCGCUGAUCCCCGCUUCCGCCCUUCCCACCUCAUCCGCCUCCGCCUCCGCCAAGCCUUCCGCUCCGCUCGACCCUCGUGCGCCAUCCGCUCACCAUGCGUCCGCGCUCCUGCCGGGAAUGGCCUUCCGCUGGAAGGCUGUGCGCCGUUACUCCGCCGCCGCCGCCUCCGCCUGGCCGCCCCACCAGCCCGUCGCCAUGCCGUCGCUCUCCCCCACCAUGACUCAGGGCAACAUCGCCAAGUGGUGCAAGGCGGAGGGCGAUCAGGUCAACGCUGGCGACGUGCUGUGCGAGAUAGAGACGGACAAGGCGACGCUAUCCAUGGAGUCCAUGGAGGAUGGCUUCCUCGCCAAGAUCCUCAUGCCCGAGGGCUCCAAGGACAUCCCUGUUGGCACUCCCAUAGCAGUGAUGGUGGAGGACAGCGGGGACGCAUCCAAGUUCUCGUCUUUCACUGCGGCCGAUGCUGGCGGCUCAGCCCCCCCUGCUGCCGCCCCUGCUCCGCCCUCCGACGCCGGCUCAUCCACGCCCCCCUCAGAUCUGCCGCCCUUCCAUUCGCUCGCCAUGCCAUCGCUCUCCCCCACCAUGACCCAGGGCAACAUUGCGCGGUGGCGCAAGGCGGUGGGCGACACGUUGAGAGCGGGGGACGUGCUGUGCGAGAUCGAGACGGACAAGGCGACGCUGGAGAUGGAGGCCAUGGAGGACGGCUUCCUUGCCAAGAUCCUCGUGGACGGCGGUGCUAAGGACGUCACUGUCGGCACGCCCAUCGCCAUCAUAGUGGACGAUGCGGAGAGCGUCCCCCAAUUCGCCAACUACAUCCCCUCUUCUGCGCCUGCCGAAGCCGCUUCUGCGCCUGCUGCUCCCGCUGCUGCUGCUGCUGCUGCUGCUCCGCCUCCCACCCCUGCCGCCCCAGCAGCGCCAGCAGCGGCUGCUCCUCCCCCUCCCCCUCCGCGCGCUGAUGGCGCGAGGGUGUUUGCCAGCCCUGCUGCGCGCAAGCUGGCAGCAGAUAACAAGAUCGACAUAUCGCUGGUGUCGGGCUCGGGUCCCAACGGCCGUGUGUUGAGGGAGGACGUGGAGGCGUUCCUCUCACAGCCUCGCCCCGCCGCCGCUGCUGCCCCCUCUGCUGCUCCCACUGCGGCUGCUGUGGCUGGUGCGCCUGCUGCUGCUCCGGCUGCGGCCAUGUCAGCCAGCGUGGACGAGCUGAGGAAGCGCGUGGCGGAGCAGAUGCAGCUCUCCAUCCAGACCGUGCCUCACUUCUACCUCUCUGCGGAUGCCCCCCUGGAUGCUGCAGCCAAGGUGUUGGAGCAGCUGAAUGCAGCAUCCGAUGUCCCGGUCACUUCGACUGCCAUCCUCAUCAAGGCGGCAGCGCUGGCUUCCAAGAAGGUUCCUGCAUGCAACAGCUCAUGGGCGGGUGACUUCAUUCGCCAGUACGCGGACGUGAAUGUGGCUGUGGCGGUGUUCACGCCGGAAGGCACCCUGUACCCAGUCAUCAAGGCCGCCAACACCAAGGGUCUGGCCGAGAUAGCUUCGGAGAUCCAACGCCUCUCCACCGCAGCCUUGGAAAGGACGCUCUCCGAAGCUGACCUGCAGGGCGCCACGUUCACAGUAUCGGAUGUGAGUGGGGUGGGGCUCAAGUCCCUGUCGGCCAUCAUCCACCCGCCGCAGUCCUGCUUCCUCACCAUUGGCUCCGCGCAAGAGCGGGUCGUGCCGGGCGCAGCAGCUGGGGAGUUCGCAGUGCAGCCGUACUCCACUGUCACUCUCAGCUGCGAUCACCGUGUCGUGGAUGGUGCCGUGGGCGCCCAAUGGAUGGGGGAGUUCAAGUCGCUGGUGGCCAACCCCAUCACCCUGCUCCUCUGAUCUCUCAUCACCACCUCUCUAGCUCGCGCGCUCCAUUCCUGCAUUCGUUUCAUAAGUUACGGUUUUAGCAGCUCUGCACUUUGUAGCAUCUCGAGUCGGGUGCUGGCAUUACCAGGUUACCAUGUGCUUUAUACCGCGUGAUUGGCCAGCUGGCCACUAGUCUAGUAGAAAGCCAUCGGCCACUGCUUUGGUACGCGGUACCGAUAGCCCUGGCAAGUUGUUCAAUAGAAAUACCUUGUGAUGAGAGGUAGGAAAUAUUGAUUUCACGCACAUCGUGAGCUGUUGGCUGUGUGUAGACCAUCAUCUUGUCUGUGUAGAAACAGCAGCUGUAGUCUUGCAAUGGAACUCCCGAUAAGACCCUGUAGGAACACGCUCGGUAAGUGGAUGGAAUCAUUAUG